UACAAUGAUCCACGGACCUAUAUUAGCGACGGACCGGAAGCAGCAUGGACUGAGGAUUUCGGUUUCUGCAUCAUUCUGUCUGUCCACUUUACUGCCAUAAAGUACGUCCAGCAAACAGAGGGGAUGUUGAGAAACGGAGCAGCACAGGUUUUCAGACAGCUGGUUAGACACCAGUCUACAGACACCAGCCUGAUCCUGGAGAGAUCGAUUAACCGUGUCCAGCUGCUGGGCCGCGUGGGGCAGGACCCUGUCAUGAGACAGGUGGAGGGACGGAACCCCGUCACCAUUUUCUCCAUGGCAACCAACGAGAUGUGGCGCUCCGGGGACGUGGAGACGUCUCCCGCAGGAGAUGUCAGCCAGAAGACGACGUGGCAUCGUGUGUCAAUCUUCAAGCCUGGUCUGAGGGAUGUGGCCUACCAGUAUGUCAAGAAAGGGUCGAGGGUUCUGGUGGAGGGGAAGUUGGAUUACGGUGAAUACGUAGACAAGAACAACGUCAGACGCCAGGCUACUACCAUCAUUGCAGACAAUAUUGUAUUCUUAAGCGACAACAUUCGAGGGAGGGACCAAUGAAGGAAGUGGCACUCUUCAUCUAGGAGGAAGACUGGAGCUCUUUCUGUGUAGCUACUCUAGUGUCUAUAUAUCAACUGACUGUUGGAGCUGUGUGCCUGCUAUCUAAAUGGGACAGAACACAGAGUAAAACCUCUCUUGACUGUAGAGUGAGUGUUGUUGGAACGGGUAUAAACCCAAGUUUGGGGAUAACCUGCAGUUAUGGAAUGUUUGCUCACGAGUAUAAUUAAUUGGCUGAUGACCUGGAUGGAAUCAUGUGAUCCUUCCUUAACCCAUAGGAGGUACCAUCCAAUUGACUACUUCAAAAUGGUCAAUGUCCUCAAUGGCACUGCCCAUGCUAAAACAUGCUUAUGAGUAUUAAAGUACUCUAUCAUUCUCUGCGUGCACCAGGGUAUACCUAAACAUGUGGUUACACGUGUGUAUUUUAGCCACCAAAAUUGUUAUGUUACUAAUCUUAGUUUACGCUCAUUUGUGGUAUUAUUGGUGGAGUACAACUAAUGGAACUGCAGUUCAAUGCAGGAUGAAAAGGAUCAUGCCUUAAAAGUGAGGACUUAUGCUUGUUUUCCCAGAGAAGCCAAAUCACAGAUGAGAGAAAUAAAUGGGUGAUGUGUGACUGACAUAAGGCUGAACCCAAAACUAUGACUGUGCCAGUUUCAUAUUGAAUGUUAUACCACCUGUUUUCUUCUAAGCAUGUCUUUCUGUUCUAUUUCAAAGAUAGUUUGAAACUUGUAACUAUUUGUUUAUUUUCGGUUUCAUUCCACUUUAAAAAGUUAAUUUUUUUUUCCCUUCCGGAAAUCACCAGAUUCUCACCUCCAUUCUGUCUGGGCAAAUGUUGUACGCAUGUUGUUUUAAUGUACUUGUAUGUAUCAUGUAGAAUAUACAUUUUUUUCCCCA